UUAAAUAUUGAAGAGAUGUCAUCAGUUUCUAAAAGUCACAUUCCUGCUUGGCUCUUUCUCAUACUUGUUGUUACAAGCAAGAUUACUGGGAUCACUGUAACUGAAAAAAUAAGGGGAAGGAGCGUUUUGCCUCAGGCUAGGAUUUUGAAAGAUCUCUUCAUUUUGCAUGUCAGCAUUUAUGUGUUAGUACAUGAAGAGAAACUUGAACUUGGAAGUCUCCACAUUUCUGUAGUCAUGACAUUAUUUUCCUCCUUAACCCCAGUCUUCAUAGCAAUUAUAUGUGUUUUGAUUGGGGUAAUACUGAAGAAGACUAAAAGAGAGAAGGAAAGAGGUGACACUGGAAGUAAGCCCAUACCUCGUCCAUGGGUGGAUGAAGAUCUAAGAGAUGGCACUGAUCACCACUUAGUGGAAGAAGAGGUUGAUGAAGAGUGGCAAGGACUUGAUGAAAAUGUUGCCCAUGUGCCCUUCAUUGCAGAGCGUUACUCUGAGGCUGAAAUGAUUAAAAGGUCACGGUCAUUUUAUGAGCUUCUUGAUAAGAGGCGGUCUGUCAGGUUUCUCAGUGAUGAGCCAGUCCCCAGGGAGGUUAUUGAUAAUGUCAUCAGAACGGCAGGUACUUCACCCAGUGGAGCGCACACUGAGCCCUGGACCUUUGUGGUAGUGCAAGAUCCAGAUUUAAAACAUAAGAUUCGGGAGAUUGUAGAAGAAGAAGAAGAAAUAAACUACAAAAAAAGGAUGGGAGAUAGAUGGGUCAAUGACCUGAAGAGAUUAAGAACAAACUGGAUCAAAGAAUACUUGGACACUGCCCCCUAUCUGAUCCUUAUUUUCAAGCAGGUGUAUGGGAGGCUUCCAAAUGGCAAAAAGAAGACCCACUACUACAAUGAAAUCAGUGUAUCUAUUGCCUGUGGUAUGCUGCUUGCUGCCCUGCAGAAUGCCGGUCUGUACACGGUGACCACCACACCCCUGAACUGUGGUCCCCAGCUGCGGGCGCUGCUCCAGCGCCCAGCCAAUGAGAAGUUGCUCUUGCUGCUCCCUGUGGGCUAUCCCAAGAAAGAUGCCACUGUGCCUGCACUGACUCGAAAGCCAUUAGAAGACAUCAUGGUGGUCAUGUGAACCCAGGGCCAUGAAGAGAGAGCACAACUUACUGCCUGCUAGGAAGCAGCAGCCCAUUGAAGUUGUUGACGCUUUUCCUGUGUAUUACGCCCAGCUUUAAUGCUCACAUAUUACUGCUGCUCUGGCUGUUUACACUCAUGCACCUUUUGUUGCUAGUAACCACGGUGCCUGCUUCUACUAACAGCAGCAAGUAGUCAUGCAUGGUGCAUUUAACAGGUACUAUUACCAAUGAACCUGAGCAGUUGUUCCAAGAGACAAGUACAGUAACAUUCAAAUGACCUUCAUCAUUUUAUUUUUCUUAUGUAUUGUAGGGACUGAUCUUUCCUUGAACAAUAACACAUAUUUUCCUUAUACUUUUGUGAUUACCACUGAACAGUUGUUUUUACUUCAUAACUUUAAUGGAGGUUGUAUGUCGCAGAAUCAUAGCCCCAUUAAGGGUGGAAAAGACCUCCAAGGUUAUCUAGUCUAAUUGUACACCUACCACAGAUAUUUCCCUAUAACCAUGUCCCUCAGUACAACAUCUAAACAUCUGACAGAAUCAAAGAAUAGCCAGGUUUGGAAGGGACCUCAAGGAUCACGAAUCUCCAACUCCCCUGCCACAUGCAGGGCCACCAACCUCCACAUUCAAUACUAGACCAGGCUGCCCAGGGCCCCAUCCACCCUGGCCUUGAACACUUCCAGGGACAGGGCAUCCACGACCUCUCUGGGCAGCCUGUUCCAGUGCCUAACUACUCCUGGACCUGAAUCUCUCCUGGCACAGGCACUGAAUAAACUGCCCCAUAGUAAAAUAAAAUAAAAUAAAAAGAUUCUUGUGAUGGCAUCAGUUUCCUAGCCACUUAUUUAUGAGAUAGAUUUCCCUCAUUCUCUCAGUAUCCCUUGCUUGCCACUGAAGGGCUAGUGGAAAAUACCACCUGUACUCCUGUUGCAUCAACUAACUGCCCUAAUGCCCUGAAGUCCCUUUUGAUAGCCUUCAAACUUCUCUCAGCAACUUCAUAACUUCCAGCCUGAACUACAACUAAAGGUUAAUAAUCAGAGGGUUGAACUGGACCAUGAAGUUUUUUAGUAAUGCCUCUGCCCUGGGCCCCAGGAAGGCAGCACACUUUGCUAUGGAUAAGGGGCCCUCUGCUCCCCUCAGGAGGAGAUGGGUACUACAGGUAACUACAGUUACCCUUCUUUCUUUCUUGGAAGAAGCCAUUCUGAGACAUGGAGAUGACUGCCUCACUAUAGACAACCUCCUUGGUGAGUCUCCCACCACAUUCUCACUCACUUUUCCCUCAAAUUCCAGAGCCUCAAACCUGUUGUGUAGUUUCUCAAACCUGGGAAACGAGGUAGGUAGGCAUGGGAUUUGCCUGCAACUCUGAGCUGAGACCUGUUUCCAUUCCUUCUCAUCUCUUAGGUCCACUCCUUUUGCCAGACAGCAACAGAAGGAUCGACCACUGUUUGAGGGGUAUCACCCCAGUUCCUUUCUCACAUGUAUAGCAGGGAGUCAGUCCACCAGCCUAUGUCCUGCUCACACUCCUUGAUGCUCCUUAACUUCUCCACUUCUCCCUUGAGCUCUGCCACCGUCCUGAGCACAUCACCCACUUGCCCGCAUCUCACGCAGGCAGAAUGUUUGCCACUCUCCACCGGCAGCAACAAGCUCAAGCACUGCCUUCAACCAGAGAACAGAAAUCCCACAUUCUUUUUGGCAAGAGCUUUUUGUCUAGUGAAGUCCAUGGCCAAAUUUGUAGUUUGGGAGGCAGCCGACCAUCCCUGCACAUACUGCCGGUUGCACUCCGAUGGGACCGCCAGUGUAUGCCGGGGGGUUUGCCUGCUGUCACUCCGCCCACCGCAUCAGCGGGUCCUCUCCUUAAGCGCCCCGUCCCCUUUACCGUGAUCGGAUUUGUACUGGAGGAAGGCGUAUUUCCCAUGUACUUUUCUCUGCUUAGUGGUAGCAGUAGUGAGAUAGUGUUAAGCUAUCCCAGCUUAACACUGCAACUUUUACAGGCUCUCACACGUGAAAGGUGCUUUCCCAUCACACCAAACAAGGCGUAUUUCAGUCUGUUUAAAGGCCGUUUCUCCCCCCAGCAGCGUUGCCUGUCGAGGGUCCCAAACCUGGAGGCAGUUUUGGAGAAGCGCCAUUCGCAGGUCUCACAGCUGGUGUCGCCAGUGCCUGUGCAGGCAGCGCCCCCUGGCGGCGCUCCGAAUUGUGGUGGUGGCUGCUCCUGAGCCCGCAGCCUGGCAUGCGAGCAGUCCAGGUACAAGAAGUGCUGCUAGCUAAGCAAGUGGAGGUGAUAUUUACAGACGUACCGCUCUUGGUGGUAUCAGUGUCUCUCUUUCACUGUCGCGAAAAACGGUUUUCCUCUUUGGCAGACUGUUUAGCUGGCUUCACAGCUGUGUAUUCAUCUAUUUUACUGGUCCCAUUUCCCAAAGUGUUGCACAUGUUUUUGGUAGCAUGGUACCAGCCUGAAAUGAACUUUUACAACCACAGUAACAUCAAAAUUCUUCAAACUUCCUGCAUUUUCAGCCCAAAUUCAAUUGAUUUUGACAAAACUAGAAUUUGAAGUAAAAAAUUGUAAAACAAACAAACAAACAACCCUACAAUUUGGAUUUGAAUUGCUUCCUUAUAGAAGCUGGCCUCACUGAGUCUAAAAGCUGGUCAAGGACACCACAAUGUCACUGGUGAGCAGAGGUAAGUCCAGGCAGAUUGGCUGCAGGUUCCCAGGUAUAAGGAACACACAUCACAGUUGGGAUAACAACUCAUCCUUCUGUACAGAAGCACCUCUGCCCUAUCAGGCCCCCUCAAAAAGCACUUUUCAUCUGCUACAAAAGUAAAUAUGCCCUAUUUUUUCUUUUUAAUUCAGAGCUCACGUUGAUACUGAGCUGAACCUUUGUCGCUCUACGUUAUCUUUUAUUGCUUAGAAAUAAAGUGCUUUUGCCUGGCCCAAUUUGCAAAAGAGAUUGUAUUUGAGUGUGUUUAUUCCACAAGAGUUCUCAGAGAAUUUUUAUCAGAUUAGUUCAGUUUAAACCAACAUGAGCUUGCAUACCUAAGUCAUUUUGUUGCAUAUGUAAGACUAUUGUAUUAUGGCUUUUUAAUUAAGACACGAAGAACCAAGCCACAUUAAAAUAUGCCCAUUAUUGUCAUGGUAAUAAAUACUGCUAAAACAACAUACCUAUGUAUACUGAGAAAGAUACUUUA